AUGCGCUCGGUCGUAUUCACCUCGUAUAAUCCUAAUAUUUGCAUUGCGUUGAAUUGGAAACAACCAAACUACCCAGUCCUUCUUUGCAACGACCUAGGCCAGAUCCGCGACCUGACACAAGACGUCAGCUCCCUACCUGUCGUCCGCAGCAGUGGGCGCACGUCGAUGUCCAUCAAGGAAUCCGCGCGGAUUGCACAGAGCAAUAACUUCAUGGGAUUGAUGUGUCGUUCGAGUUUGCUAAAUGUCAUGCCCUUCCUUGUCGAAUCGAUCAAGGAACUGGGUCUUGUCCUUGUCGCGGAUACUUCAGAUGAGAUAUUGGACAAGACCCGUUUCGGUGUCAGUAGUGGCCGAUUGGGCGAUCAUGAUCGUGACUAUGAACAAAGUGGAGCUGGCGUUGGCGUUGGCGUCGGAGUUGGAGUUGAAGUCGGCUUGUCUGCAGAAUGGGCGUAUAAAAUGCCCGAGGGCGUGAAUGGGGUUAUGAGAAGGAAUGGUGUUUUGCGAUUUAAUGAUACGAUUGAUAUGUGA